CCACGAUGAACCUUGGCUACACGUUUUGCGACAACAUUGAUUGCGAAGGCGACUGACUCUCCCACGGGCUUAUAAUCAGACGCCAUGUCGCAACCACCUGGACUUUUCAGCGUGCGCCGUCCUCGCGAAACCCUGGGCCACAUACAGAACUUCUCGGGAAUCCCGCAACCUGCUUCUGCUGUGAAGCGCGUCUCUUCAAGCAAUGAAUUACGAAAUGCGCCGUUCACAGCAUCCCACGCUCGAUCAAUAUCGAUAAACCAGAGCGUCCAGCGUCCUGCACAGCCGAACUUCCAUCGCUCAUCUUCCGGAGGAAAUUUGGCCGACAUGGGCAUGUCCACUGCAAGAAGAUCAGUUUCUAGUAACAUGUUUGGCAGCGCAAACACUGGCAGGCAGAGUCUUGCGCCAAAUCAGUUAUUUGGGUCACAAACACCUGCGUCGCAAAGCAUGCAACGACGAAGCAGUAUAUUCUCCCGACCCUCCGGCCAUGGUCCCGUCGCUCACCAAUCCUUCUUCUCGCAACCUCCUGCUCCUGGCAUUGCGCCCAAAGAUCCUCGACCUCUGCGGGACUCCUCGUAUAGAACGCGACUGAGUCAAGAAUUGCUGGACUAUCUGACACAGAACAACUUCGAAUUGGAAAUGAAACACUCGUUGACACAAAACUCUGUAAAAUCACCUACGCAAAAAGAUUUCACCUUCAUGUUCCAAUGGCUCUACCGGCGUAUUGAUCCUGGGUACAAAUUUCAGAAGAGCAUCGACACCGAAGUGCCACCGAUCAUGAAACAGUUGAGAUAUCCAUAUGAAAGAGAUAUUACAAAAUCACACUUGGUCGCAGUUGGAGGACAGAAUUGGCCUCGCUUUCUUGGAUUACUACAUUGGAUGAUGCAGCUCGCACAAAUGUUGGAUAAUUUCACCCGAGGAGCCUACGAUGACGCAUGUGCUGAGGCGGGUGUCGAUAUUGCAAGUGACAGAAUUGUCUUUAGGUUCUUGUUCGGCGCAUAUCAGGACUGGCUGCAGAUGGGACCUGAAGACGACAAGGAGAGCGAAGAAGCUGCUUUACGACCUCAUAUCCAAGCAAUGACAGAUGAAUUCGAGCGGAUCAACUCCAAACAUGCAGAAGAGCUGCAGCUGUACGAAGCAGAGCACGAAGCUUUGAAAGCGCAGGUCGAAGAGUUUGAGCGCAACGCACCCGAUGUAGCCAAGCUGGACAAACAUUUUAAGAUUUUGGAGGAUGACAAGAAAAAAUUCGAAGAGUAUAAUGCAAACGUACAAGCGAAGAUUGAAAAGUACGACGCGCGAAUCAAGAUCCUGGAAGCAGAAAUCCAACGAACAGAGGCAGACCUGCAAGUAGUUGAGCAAGAACGCCAGAGCCUCCAACAGUCUGUCGAUCGACAAGGCCUGAACAUCCAAGACAUCGACCGAAUGAACACGGAACGUGAACGACUGACGAAAAGCCACGAAGACGCACUCGCGAUGUUGGAUGAAGUCAACAAGAAAGUGCUGGAGAAAGAGGCCGAGACAUCACGCAAACUUGAAGACCUCGAAGUUAUCGUUAAACGGUACAAUUCAUUGGGCUACCAAAUGUCCCUCAUCCCCUCGACGGCUGUCAAUGCUAAAGGUGCAGACUACGAACUCAGCCUCAACAUUUCGGACAGUUUCUCGACGUCGACAUCGCGGAGGAGAGGAUCCCCCGACACCGACCGUCUGCUGGCGGACAACAACGUAGGCUACUCGCCCGUCCACCUGCUGAAUCUGGAUCUACGGGGCGCGGUCCGGAACGCCUUCAUCGCACUGCGCAAAGACAUCAACGAACGCCGCAAGGCCGCCGCGGACGCGGACCUGAACGCGCGCGACUUUUUGGACAACAUUUCGGAAGCUCUGCACGAGAAGAACACCGAGAUUGACAAUCUGAAUUACCGCGUCAACGAAGCUAGUCGGAUGUACGCUUCGCUCAAGGAGAGUCAGACCACGACGCACACGCAGCAGACGAGCGCGAUCGAGAAGCUCGAGAAGGAAUUGGCUAGGAUGAGGGAGGGCUUGGAGCGCGGCGUCGUCGAGCUCGAGCAGCGCGAGAUGGAGGUCGGCGUGGCCUGGGAGAGUAUGCGAGAGGAAGCGGCCAGGGUUCGCGAAGAAUUACAUUCGGGCAUCGAAAGAUGUCUGGAGGACGUGAUUCGAUUCAAGGUUCACGUCCAAAAAGGACUCGAGGAGUUUGAGGGCUGGGUUGGGGAGGAAGUCGAGGUGGAGUUGUUGGGUGACGAGAUGGAUGGGAUGGAUUUGGAUGGUAAGAAGAAGGAUGAUGAGUGAAUGAGUUUUGAGUGAAGUGUUCUGACCAGCGCGGUUGAGUGCUUGGUUGUGUUUUUUUUGUUUCUUGAUGACGAACUGGAUGAUGAUAAUGGUGCACUUUUCACGGUUCUAGUUGGGCGCUCUUGAGAAAUAUAUAUACACCUGGUACUUUGGUACAACUGGAAAAAUAUACUGCACACCGACUCCCCUGUUAGGUUUCAAUCCGUACUCUUUAUUUCUGUUGAGCGUGAC